CCCGUGUGACUUACGUUUCAUUUCUCUGUCAGCUACUGAACUGAAAAGAAGUCCAUGAUACACUUUGCUUACAGAAGAAGAAAAUUUAUACUUACUAAAAUUAUAUAUAAAUACAGUGAUUAAAAGACAAAUAAGUUGGUGUGCGAGAAAAAGGAACAAGAGACUUUUAUAACUUUUUGAUAUAAGAUGGACAGAGUUGAUGACAUGGGACCACGAAAUUCACAAUUGGAAAGUACCUGCACGCUGUCAUCCAAAAUUUCAUCCGAAAAUAUCCUCCCAUCUAACAAAGAGAUAAAUUUAAGCCCAAUUGGAUCUGUCGCGCCCGACAUAUUGCCGAUACCUGAUGCAGCUAAUUGGCUAGUAUAUACCACUUGCGUUAUAAGUACCGUCGAAAUUUGGGUUCGGCUCUACGAUCUAAAUUAUGAGUUUGUUGAUAUGACAAACGAAAUGAUGAGGCAUUAUGAUCAAAUAAGCGAACGCAUUUCGCCAGCGUUAUGCGUACGUAAUAAUUUCUAUGCCGUUUUAAAAAAAAGCUAUUGGCAUAGAGUAAAAUGCAUCGAUUUUAAUGAUGAAACCAGAAUGGCCACGGUUUUCUUCGUCGAUGAGGGAUUAGUGGAACAAUAUAAACCUGAUGUCUUGUAUCCUUUGGACAAGAAAUUUUGCGUUCUUCCAUGUCAGGCUAUCAGAGUAGGUCUUCAUGGAUUAAAACACUUCCGCGAUUAUGACCAAAUAGUACCAGUAAUCGAAAAUUAUCUGCUAAUCGAUCAAGUAUUUAACGUGAUUGUACGUGAAAGAGAUGCCGAUGAAUAUGGUUCAUAUGCAACAUUAACUUUUUAUGAUAUAAGUACAGACAAAAAUAUUGAUAUUAAUCAAGUCUUAGCCAACAAAAUCUUAGAGAACUUUGAUGUCGCAUUCAAAAUACGGCCGGGACAAUUAACCGAACUAUAUGUGACGCACAUAGACGAGCAAGGUAAAGUUUAUGCACAACUAAACUCGUUCGUCAAAACGGUAUUGAAUAGCGAAAAUAUGUCUACAAAUAAUGCUACAAUAGUUGAGAGGAUCACUUUUACGACAACGUACCUUGCAAAGUGGAAUUCACAAUGGUACAGAGCAACAGCAAUUGACAUUUUUGAACAUCAGGGCGAAGUAGCAUUAUUUCUGAUUGACGUUGGUCGAACCGUUUGGGUAUCGAGGAACAAUCUCUUUGACUUGGACAAAGCCUCACAGAUUCUACAGCAGAUUCCUCAGCAGGCGAUGCAGAUCUUUCUGCACAACAUUGAUGAAUGGAAGUACGAAAAGCUGACAAGAUUUCGUGAAUUAGUCUCCGACACAGAUUUACUUUUAGCGAAAGUCAUCGCAAUUAGUAUGUCCGGAGUUCCAGUUGUAGAGAUUUUCAAAAGAAUCAGACCGAGUAACAUGUUGGUCUCAAUAAAUGCAUCAUUGAUUUAUGAAGACAAACUAUCAAAAGUUAACGAAAACGGCAAUAAUAAUAACAAAAAACGUCUGAAUUGUGGAAAUUCUCGAGCUCUAAAGUUGUUUGAAAAAUUGAAUCCACCCGUAAUUUCGGAUAUCGGCCAAUAUUUCAACGUCCGUAUCUCAGCGGUUGUCAAUCCAGGGCUCUUCUUUGUGCAACCGUUAAACAAUGCGGGCGAAUUCAAAGCAAUGAUGAACGAUUUGCAAAAUUGCUACGAGAUGAACGAUGAUCCGCCUUUGAAGGAUAUCAAUAAAGGUAAACUUUAUGCAGGAAAGUACCGCGACGAGUGGUACAGAAUAUUCGUUAAUCGCAUUAUUGACAAUAGUAUUGUAUGCGCGUACUUUUGCGAUUACGGUAACGAGAUGAUAAUAUCCCGCGACAAUUUGCAGCCAUUGAAAAGUGAAUUCUUGAAAUUGCCGUAUCAAGCGAUAAGAGCUAAACUCGUCGGUAUAGAGCCGAUAAGUGUUGACUGGGCGAUGGCCGAUUGCAUUAAAUUUAAGGAUUUAGUGUUCAAAAAGGACUUUACCUCCGUAAUUCAUCAGUCUAUGGUCGAUGAUCUCUUGCCUGCAGUCAAUGGUACAAUACUGGGUUUACGACUGAUUGACGUUAGCACUGGAAAACUCAUUUGUGUUAACAAAUUAUUAGUACAACAAAAGCAUGCCAAAUACGUCAAGGAUUUUGAAUGAAAAGCUUUCUUCUUAGGUCGAUACAUUAGUUCGGCGAGCAGAAGUAUUUUCUUUAUGAUUAUGUUAUUAUUAUUCUACGAUGCCGUGCGUUCCAUGUAAAUAAUACUUUGUUAUUUUUUUAUAAGAUUUUCUUUUUCUUUUGUGAAAGCACGGCAACACAUCGAUGCGCACGCGAAAGUUACAAAAAAAGUAACGGAUUAUUAUUAUUUUAGUUUUAUGUCAAUUAAAUUUGUCUUUUCAAUUA